GCUGCGAUGGGGCUGCAGGGGGUCAAGGCCGUGUUCUUCGACUUGGACAACACGCUGGUUGACACGGCCGCCGCGGGCCGGCGGGCCAUAGAGGAGGUAAUAAAUGUCUUGCAAUCAAAACAUCAGUGUGAUGAAGGAGAAGCUCACAUGAUUUGUAAUAAGGUCCAAGAAAAACUCCUCAAAGAGUGUCAUGAUCCAGCUAAGGUGUGCAUUACUGAUUUAAGGAUCUCACAUUGGGAAGAAGCAAUACAAGAAACAAAGGGUGGUGAGGCUAAUCGAAAUAUGGCGGCAGAAUGUUAUUUCCUAUGGAAAACUACACGCCUCCAGCAUCUAACCCUAACAGAGGAGACAAGAAGCAUGCUUACAGAACUUCGAAAAAUGGUCCGCUUGCUUUUAUUAACUAAUGGAGACAAACUCACUCAGAGGGAGAAGAUUGAAGCGUGUGCCUGUCAACCAUACUUUGAUGCCAUUGUUGUAGGUGGAGAACAGAAAGAAGAGAAACCAGCACCAUCUAUAUUUCAUCAUUGUUGUGAUCUGCUUGGGGUACAGCCUUGGGACUGUGUGAUGGUUGGUGACUCACUAGACACAGAUAUUCAAGGAGGCCUGAAUGCAGGUUUGAAAGCAACUGUCUGGAUAAAUAAAACAAUGACAAUGCCAGUAAACACUUCCCCAGUACCUCAUUAUAUAAUUUCUUCUGUUCUUGAUCUUCCAGCACUCUUACAGAAUAUGGACCACAAAAUGAAUGCUAACUUAGAAACUGACAAAAUGGUUAGUAUUAAUGACGUACAUGACAGUGCCAAUAUAGAAUCUAAGAAAUGCUAAGUCCUUAGCCUGCUAAUGUUUUUGUUGAAAGUUUGGCCCUAAAAUCUUACACACGUAAACAUGUUUACUCAAACAGUGGAUGGGUGAGUUAUUUAUGAGUGGAGUUCAAUAGAAGAAAAGUAUUGAAGUGAAUCUUGUUAUUGAUGGAAAUUUUUUGAAAAGAAAUGAAGCAUAAGUGCAAUUGUCUUAAAUUUAUGCUCUACAUCUGGAAAUUACUGAGAGACUUUUUUAGCAUAGGUCAGAGACAACCCUGCUCAUCAGUCUUUUGGUUUUACAACGAAAAAGGAAAAACUCCAUGUUUUGAUUUUCAUUUUGGUUUGCUGGCUUAUAAAUUUAGCAGGAAUUUCAGUAAUAAAAGAUUGUUUGUGGUGUAUAAAACAAUAGAAGAUGGAAGAGAAUAUGGUAGAAUUCUAGAUUCUUCCCAAUGUAAUCCAUAGAUUUCUCAAUGAGGAUUAAAAUGAAUUUCCCCAUUUGAAAAAGUGAUUGGAUCUAGUACAUAAAGCAGCCCAUUCUAAAAUUUUUGACUUUGCUUUUUGGGCAAACUUAUUGACUUUGUAAUUUUGGAAGCUAGUGACUUUUCUCAAAUUUUGCAGUGACUGUUCUUAAAUGAUAAGACCCAAAUCCCUGUCAGAAAAAUAUAUAUGUACACCUGAAAGCUUGCGUAUGUAUAGGGGACCAUUUAUCAGCAGGACUUCAUGGAUAGAGUUUUUUGUUUUAAUCACAUACAUGUAUCUGCACUAAAACAGUAUUUGUAAUGCAGAUUAUGAUUUACGUUGCACUAUAUUGUGAGUUAACUGAUUGAUUUUUUUUUUUUGGACAUUUGCAAUGGUCUUUGCUCAGUUUUGUCUAAUAUUCUUAAAGCUCAUGCAGUUGUUCUGUUUGGUUUUUAUUAGUGAAUUUUGAUCAAACUUUGGUCGUGCAGUUGGCUCAGGAAGGUGCAGGGGUCUACCCACUUGGAGCCAGUAACAGGAUUGCAGCCUUUUUGGCUACUACUUCCAUUGCUGUAGAACCUUUCCAAGUUCUAGCUUCUACAUGUACUUCAUCUGUAUUUCCAAAAAUUGUAUAGUAGUAAAAAAUAAGUGGUUUGCAUAACUUUUCCAGGAACUUGAAUUCAGGUAUAGGAUGUAAUACUGGAUAAAUAGCUUUGCAGUGUAUACUAUUGACGCUGGAUUUAGAUUACCCUGUUUAUGCCAUAUUAUAACACUACUCUUCCUCCACAAAUUUAUUUAAUUUUGCUGUACUUCAUUUCCUUUUGUGACAGUCAGUUAAUUUCCCUCCUUAUAAAACACCUCUUUUUUUCAAGAAUGUAACUUUUCUCACACUUCAAAAAUAUGAACAUUUGGGAACAUCAAAUUUUAAUUUUCAUAUUUUUAGAAAUUGGGAUUAAUACACUUAUUGGAAGUAUUGCACAUUUUAACACCCAUGCCUGUCUGUUAUUAUGUGAUGGAUCACAAAUUUCAUGUUUUAAAAAAAUGUUCAUCACAAUUGAUAGUUGUAUUUUGGAUAUGUUUGUGAGUUAGGAUAAAAACAUUUCAGAGUUGGAGAGUCAUAGAACACCAUAAAGCAAGGAAACCUACCAGAAGGUGUGGAAGGACACGUCUACAUGAGAAAGGUUCAACUAAUGCAGCUAAGGUGUGAAUUUAAACCUAUUUUAAACUAGUGCAGUGCCCUGCAUAGACUUCUUUUGGUUUAAAUGAGGCUUUUUUGGUUUAACUUAAAUUGAUUGGCAACAGAGUUAAGCUAAAUCAAAAUGUCAUCCCUAAACUGAAAUAAGUGUCCAUGAAGGAUUUUGCACUUUUAAAAAUCAAUUUUAAGAAAAGUUCAACUUCUUCAUUUAGACAAGCGCUAAGGGGGGACCUCAAGGAGCAAACUUCCAGAGCCAUACAGAACAAUCAGUUGAAGAAAAGCAGGCACCACCUAAGUCUAACAUAAUUAUGGGGAAAAAUUAAGAAGGAAGGCUAAGCAUUAAAUGAGGUCUUUGUAGAGCAAUAAAAUGUAUACAAAAGGUUAGAUGGUGUCACCAAGUAUUCAAAUACUUUAGACUGUUGGCUUGGUUCUGUAAAUGAAGACUGUUUAAAAAAAAAAAAAAAAAAACGUUACCACAGCCUUCCAAGAUGUGUUACACUAAAAAUCUAUUGUUUGUACAGCACCCAGCAGAAUGGAAGCCCAGUCUGAUAAGGGCCUCUGAGUGCUAGUAUAAUAAAAAACAAUCCAUAAUUAUGGGAUGAGGCUCUGGACUGCAGAUGUCCAUGGAGCCAUAAGGUCAGAUCCUCAAUUGCUGUAAAUUUGACUUCAAUGAAACUGUAACUAUUUAUACAAAUUGAGGAUCUGUCUAAUUCUUUUUCUUGCCAAUAAUGCACCACCAUUCUGCCUCAGGCUGCUGCGCCUACUGGCCUAUUUAUUGUUUGGAAGGUCUCACUCUGCUUUAGAGAGGAACAUUGUUAUUUCUGCUUUGCACAUGGACAGUGUUUUAAAAUGAUCAAUAAAACAAGAAGAAAGCACAGUAACUGCAUACUCCGCUACAUAGGGGUCACACAAAUAUUUUUCCUUCAUUGCGGAGUACUGUACCAGGAUACAUGUAGCUACCAGUGUGCACUUUGGCUACUAUUAAUUAUUACUAUGCUGCUAUAAAACAAGAAGAAUGUAGAACAUGUUCUUUUUUCCUAUCUAAGGUGCUUUCAGAGUAUGUCAUCAUAGCUAGGUUAUCUGCAUGUCUUAAACUGGCAGGCUGGUUUUCUUGAGAUUGAUCUCUUCCAAAAUGCCUAGUGAAAUUGAAAGAAAAAAAAA